AUGGAGAAGAGGUAUGAAGAGCUGGUGCACUACUCAGGGUCGGAGGGCAUGUCGAUGGGGGGGUACGGGGACGAUGUCAGGCCACUUCCUCUGCCACAGUAUGGAGCCCCCAUCCCCGACUCCCUCAAACACCACAAAGACCUGAUCUAUGGUCACCCACUGUUCCCACUGCUGGCCUUAGUUUUUGAGAAGUGCGAGCUCGCCACCUGCUCCCCUCGAGACUCCACCUCCCUCUCAGCCACCUCCCACCUCCCCGGCAUGACCAAUCACAGCGACGUCUGCUCCUCCGAAUCCUUCAACGAUGACAUCGCCGUGUUCGCUAAACAGAUUCGUUCAGAGAAGCCCAUAUUUUCUUCCAAUCCUGAGCUGGAUAACUUGAUGAUCCAGGCCAUACAGGUUCUUCGCUUUCAUUUACUGGAGUUAGAGAAGGUGCAUGACCUGUGCGAUAACUUCUGCCACCGCUACAUCACCUGUCUGAAGGGCAAAAUGCCCACAGACCUCGUCCUGGAUGAUCGGGAGGGCGGCUCCAAGUCUGACAUGGAGGACUUCACUGGAUCCUGCACCAGUCUGUCAGAGCAGAAUGCGUCAUGGUUACGGGAGCCAGAUGAAUGUGCCACGACUCCUCUGGGAACACCAGGCACCUGUGGUCUGCCUUCACUCAGCACAGUAGACAACUGUAGCGACACAGGCGAUGGUAUGGACGGAGGAAUAGCCUCCCCCAGUACAGGAGAUGAUGACGAGUCCGACAGAGAGAGGAGGAACAACAAGAAGAGAGGCAUCUUCCCUAAAGUGGCCACAAACAUCAUGAGAGCGUGGCUCUUCCAGCAUCUGUCGCACCCGUACCCAUCUGAGGAGCAGAAGAAGCAGCUGGCACAGGACACGGGACUGACCAUCUUACAGGUCAACAACUGGUUCAUCAACGCCAGGAGGAGAAUUGUUCAGCCGAUGAUUGACCAGUCAAAUCGCUCAGGUCAGGGUGGUCCCUACAGCCCAGAGGGAGCAGCUCUUGGGGGCUACGGGCUUGACGGACAGGCCCACCUCGGGCUUCGUGCAGCAGGUCUCCAAGGGAUGUCUUCUCUGCAGGGUGACUACCCCGGUGCUCUGCUGUCCCAACCAGGCUACCCUCCCCAUCCGGGACCCUCCCUCCACCCUUACCCGGGCCCACACCCUCACCCCAUGCUGCUGCACCCGCCGCCGCACGCACACCCAGCAGAGCCGCUCCUCGCCCAGGGACUGGACAUACACGCACACUAG